GUAAGGGACACCCUGACUUCUGCCGUUGUGAAGAACCUUGUGGUGGUUCUGGUUUGGCUUUUGCUGAGCUACAUCAACGGCAGUGUGGUGGCCACCUUCUUCAGACACCAGGUGUUCUACCAAGACCCCCGCUACAUCCUCUUCAUCCACAUGGUGAUCAACGAUGCGGUGCAGCUGACCGUCACCGUCAUGCUCUUCAUCCUCAGCUACGUAUACUACAGGAUCAACGUCUCCUUCUGCUGCUUCUUCAUCCUGCUGGCCGUCUUCACCACCCGCAACACGCCCGUCAACCUCGCCAGCAUGGCCAUCGAGCGAUACAUCGCCAUCUGUGACCCGCUGCGCCACGCCCAGGUCUGCACGGUGCGGAAGACCUACUUCCUCAUCGGGCUGAUCUGGCUCAUAUCCGUGGUGCCCGACAUCACCGACCUCUUCGUCACCCUGGCCAACGAGCCACUGAGCUUCUUCCACGAGUCGGUGUUCUGCCUGCGGCAGAACAUCUUCAAGGACCCCGUGCUGGCGUACAAGCGGCAGGCCUUCGACGGGCUGUACUUCUCCUGCGUGUUCCUCACGCUGGUGUACACCUACCUCAGGAUCCUGUUUGCCGCCCGGGCCCACUCCACCGAGAAGACGUCGGCCCGGCGAGCCCGGAACACCAUCUUGCUGCACGGCUCGCAGCUGGCCAUGUGCAUGCUGUCCUACGUCUCACCCAGCGUGGAGAUCAUCCUGCACCUCAUCUUCCCCGGCCGCAUCCUGGAGAUCCGAUUCGCCAACUACCUCGUCGUCUACAUGCUGCCGCGGUUCCUCAGCCCCAUCAUCUAUGGCGUGCGGGACAAGAAGUUCAGGAGUCACCUCAGGAAGUACUUUGUCGGGGGUUGCAGGAUCGGAUUGCAGAAAGGGAAUGGGACUUUGUGA